AUGUCACCAUUGAUCAGUCCUUUGAACCAGUUACUAUCGAAGGACACGCACUGGUGUUGGAGUAAGGAGUGUCAAGUGUCAUUUCAAGCUCUUAAAGAUACUCUAGCUUCGUCAAACGUGUUAGUUCCUUACAAUCCCAAGCUUGGAGUUCAGUUAGCCGUGGACGCUUCACCAGUAGGCCUGGGAGCGGUAAUUUCACACAUCACUGCUAAUGGAACUGAGCGUCCUAUUGCUUACGCUUCACGAUCGUUAACCAAAUCUGAACGAAAUUAUUCCGUAAUUGAGAAGGAAGCCCUAGCCAUCAAUUUCGGUAUUCGCAAAUUUCAGCAAUUUCUGUAUGGCUGCAGAUUUACUCUUCUUACAGAUCAUCAACCCCUAACCUUAUUUUUUGGUUCCAAGAAGGCGAUACCAGUUGUAGCAGCAUCACGUAUUCAUAGAUCGGCAAUUCAGCUUUCAGCUUACCAGUUUGACAUCAGGUACCAUAGAUCUAAGCAGGAUACGAAUGCAGACGCAUUAUCCAGACUUCCGUGUAAAGGAACAGACGUUGGCUUACACCUUGACGAGGAAUCCGAAGACGUCAACAGGAUUCAAGAUGCUAGAGUGCCAAUCAAUGCUAAACGACUUCGGGAAGAUGCAGCCCGAGAUCCUGUGCUAUCGAGAGUCAUUCAUUUUACACUUUGUGGAUGGCCGGACAAGUCUGAAGUUCCAGACAAUUUGAAAAGCUACUUUGCUAAACGAAAUGACUUUACGAUGGAGGACGGAUGUCUUUUGAGAGGAACGAGAGUUGUGAUUCCAGCGAAGCAUCAGGAGACUGCGUUAGCAGAGUUACAUCUGAGUCACCCCGGAAUUGUGAGAAUGAAAGCCUUAGCUAGACUUCAUGUUUGGUGGCCUGCGUUAGACUCAGAUAUUGAGCAGUUAGUUGGAGAGUGUGAGACCUGUCAAAUUACUCACAGUAAAGCACCACUAACCUCCGACAAUCCCUGGAUGUGGCCACACCGACCUUGGCAGCGAGUUCAUGUUGAUUAUUGUGGUCCAUUUCUUGGUGGAUUCUUUCUGGUUGUUGUAGACGCGAAGUCAAAAUGGCUAGAAGUGAUACCUAUGUCAAGUACAACAGCUCAAGCAACAGCGGACGCAUUGCGGUCACUCUUUGCUAUUCAUGGUUUACCGAAAGAGAUUAUUUCGGAUAAUGGCCCUCAAUUUGUUGCACAAGAGUUUAAAGAUUUCAUAAGACACAACCACGUGAAACAGAUCCUCAGUGCGCCAUACCAUCCAGCAUCUAAUGGCAAAGCGGAGGGAGCAGUGAACAUUUAA